UCACCAGGCACGACAGUGGGCUCUGAGUCAAUUGGCACGACAGCGGGCACCGGGUCAUCAGGUACCGGAUCGUCUGGCUCGACAGCAGGCACCGGGUCAUCAGGCAGUGGAUCGUCUGGCUCAACAGCGGGCCUCGGGUCACCAGGUAUGACAGCAGGCACCGGGUCAUCAGGUACCGGAUUGUCUGGAUCAACAGCGGGCAUCGAGUCAACUGGCCUAAUAGGAUCAUCAGGCUGGAUCAGUUCAUCAGGCUGGGUAGAAACAUCAUGUUGGGUGGAGGCAUCAGGCUGAAUGGAGGCAUCAGGCUGAGUAGAGGCAUCAGGCUGGGUAGAGGCAUCAGGCUGGGUAGAGGCAUCAGGCUGGGUAGAGGCAUCAGGCUGGGUAGAGGCAUCAGGCUGAAUAGAGGCAUCAGGCUGAAUGGAGGCAUCAGGCUGGGUACAGACAUCAGGCUGGACGGCAGGCUGACCGGUUUGGAUACUGGCAGGAUGGUACUGGUUGGAAAG